AUGCAGAUCGAUCACCGGUGCAACAUGGCGAUGACCACACAAAAUUGGUGUGUGGAGAUCGAGGAGGAUAACGCAUGGGCAAACGAGAUCGGAAUCGAUAUGCAUUACCCGAGGUACCUUGUGGAACCAGAUGAAUUCAGGGAAGCUUUCAAAACGCAGAUGCUGGGCAUUCUUGCCGCUGCUUGUACUGAACAGAAGCAUGGACUCACAGAAGAAGAGAUCACAGAGGCAGUGGGGAAAGCGAAGAGAAACGAGGAAGCAGUUACGGCCCCCAAAAAGACGUUUCAGCCAAGAGAAAACCGUCAGUAUCAACCACAGUCGAAGAAAGCUUCAGAAGAGCGUAUUCAACUUAGUGACGCGGAUCGUGCUCUAUUUCAAGACAAACCCGCUUCCACUUCCAUUACUACUUCGCAGAUGAACCGAAAGAAUUCGCCCGCGACCACCCAAUCAAAUCCACCCAGGAACAUGUAUUUAGCACCAAAAGGAGAAACUAACAAGGCUCAACAAAGGCAAGAGGGCCAGAACUACACCACAGAAGAAGAGAGCAGUGGUGAUGAACAAGGUGGCUCGCGUCAUAGCAAACAGAUGCAACCUCCACAGACAAAGCCUAGUUGGACUCGAGGUCCCGCACAAGAUGAUGAUCGUCUUCCAGUCGAGGAGGAUCGAUUCGAUGUCUAUUAUUCGCAAAUGAACGACGAAUAUGUAGAACUUCCGAGAUUGGAUCAGCCUUCAUAUAAUCAACAGCAAGAAAGUCAGUAUCAGAAUCAGCCACAUAUACCACCUCAAAACCAUGCUCGCAAUAUCGAUGACUAUUUUGAUGGUACCGCUCAGCAGAUGAUGUUCGACAAUCCUGCUCAAUUUAAUCAACCAGUUCAAAGUGUGCGAGAUAGUGCUCGACAGUUUGCUCCAAUUCAAAAUCCCAAUGAUUCGCAUGGAAGUCAACGUCGUUCACACGGUCCACAUCAAGGAGUGCCGGCUCAGAAUCAAUCCACCUAUAAUCAGUCACCACGUGUGGCAAAUGUUCCAACGGAUCUUGUAUCAUCGAACUCUCCUUACGGUUAUGGUGAGCUACCAUUUGUACAAGGAAACUAUCCACCAGAACAACGGUAUCAAGGCAACAAUAUUGCUCAGCCUACAUCAAUGGCAGCUCGUCCAGCUUCACAAGGAGCAUCUCGACGUGUUCCUCAACGCGGCGAUUCCAGUACUCCUGGACACCUUUCGGUUUCUAACCACGAUCUUCAUCAAUCAUCGUCGUCGUAUGUGGCUCCACAGCGAAUCGGAUAUGGAAAUACUCCUCGUCUCGGAUCAUCUAGUAGCGCUUUUCAGCAAGUGAUGUCUAAGCGAUCUGCUGAAACACAAACUCCCUACGAAAUGCUUGCGGAUUAUCAACUAAAGCUAAGCGGCCCACGUGAUAAACGAGAUGUGAUGGUCGACGCUAUCAUUUCAAUGGUUCAACUUCACGACGAGAAUAAUCAGGAUCUGAGAUUGUCAAAUCUGGGAUCGAAGCUCUCGGCCUUUUGUGGAGUCGAAGUAUCGCCAAAGGAUUUUCACCGCGAGAAUUGGGCUGAGCUGCAACCAUUUCGCGCGGGCGACUUUCACGUUUUCUUCAUCAAAGAUGGC